AUAUACUAUUUGUAAAAACAGGAUGAGAAUACCCUAUGUACAAUGCCAAAAGCACAAGGUCGCCGUUCAGCUUCUAAGGCUGCGGCCAACAACAAGAAAACUACAGCGAAGAAGAUAACCAAAACAGCAACAUCGGUGCCAGAGGUAGAUUAUGUUAUGCUAGCUGCGGAAGUAGCAAAAGUUAUGAAGGCGGGCGAUGCAAGCUUAUCGGCGUCUACAACCCAUCCACCAGCUACAGCUGCCUCAUCGACUACAGAGCCUUCGGUCACCGAAUUACACCAGUCAAGCCAUACAAUGGGGCAUAUAGGUGACCUGUUUCCAGGUGUGGUAUGCUCAACUGAUUUCGCACCCCUUACUCAAGAAGCUACCUCACUCAUUCGCUCCUCUUUGGCACCAACAACGGUUAUAGCAUAUCAACGCAGUAUUCAGAAACUGGCAGCAUGGUUAGGUAAACCCAUUCAGCUCCCAAUUUCUCCGGCUACAAUUUGUAACUUUGCAUGGAUCAAAUUACGCACCUAGAACAGUUUCUUCGACGAUAUCCGCUAUUUCAUUCAUUCAUAAACUAGCUGGUUUACCCGACCAGUCUAAUUCCUUUCUAGUAGGGAAGAUUUUACGCGGCGUCCAUGCUACGUCUGCUCGUUCCGACACUCUUCUUCCAAUCACUGCUGAUAUCUUAUCUAGAUUAAUAAUAUCUUUAGACUCUAUUGAACAGACAUUUUGUUACAGGUUACUUUUCAAAGCCUUUUUUCUGACUGCCUUUCAAGGUUUCUUUAGAAUCGGUGAAUUAGCCGUAGGUAAAGGCGGUGUUGACAAGGUCAUUUAACGCAACGAUAUUAGUCUUUCUCCUAAGUCUGUCUCUUUAACUGUCCACAAACACAAGACUGGGGUUGGUAA